AUGUCCGCCGAAAACCAAACCCUCGACGAACCCCUAGGCCGCGUCCUCGUCGUCGGCGGCAGCGGCUUCGUAGGCACGCACUGCCUACGAGACGUCCUCAGAACCGGAGGCCCCGACGUCCAGGUCUACACUCUCAACCACAAGAUCCCCGAAACGUCCAAACAAGUCUCCGGCGUGACAUACCUCUCCGCGGAUCUCGGCGACGACGAAGCAGUCCUGAAAGCCGUGCAGGAAGCAAAACCGACCGUGAUCCUCCACUUCGCCUCACCCAGACCCUUUAUCGAAGCGCCCAGUCUAUAUGAGAGAGUCAACAUCCAAGGGGUCAAGAACCUCCUCUCCGCUUGUGAUAUCGUUGGUACGGUCCACGCCUUCGUGUACUGCUCCUCCGUCUCCAUCAUCGACAACGGCCGCCUCGCGACCCUCCACGGCGACGAAUCCUGGCCCGUGCUCUUCGCCCCCGAACAGAGGGAGCCCUACUGGCAUAGCAAAGCGGUGGGCGAGACGCUGGUGCUGGGGCAUAACGCCAAGAACUCACAGAAGAUGCUCACGACGGCGCUGCGCGUGACGAGUAUUUUCGGCGAGGACGACGAGCAGGUCAUCGGGGGCAUGAUCCGGCAGGCGAAGAGCGGCGGGUUCAAAGUCCAGAUUGGGGAGGGGAGAAAUCGGAAUUGUUGGACGUAUGUCGGGACGGUGACGCAGGCGCAUGUGCUUGCUGCGAGGUGUUUGCUUAGGGAGAGGGGAAGCGUAGUAGGGGAUGAGAUGCGGGUGGGCGGGGAGGCGUUUUUCAUCACGAAUGGGGAGGCGAGGUCGUUUUGGGGGUUUGCGAGGCAGGUUGCUACGGAGGCGGGGUUUCCCGUGAGGGAGGAGGAGGUGAGGGUGUUGCCGGCGUUCAUGGCGUGGGUGAUUGGGUAUGUGAGCGAGUGGGUGGCGUGGUUUGGGGGGAGGAAAGCGGAGAUCCGUCGGGCGAGUUUGAGGUAUGCGGUUGUGGAGCAGGUGUUUAGUAUGGAGAAGGCGAAGAGGCGGAUGGGGUUUGUCCCUGCUGUGGGGCUCGAUGAGGCGGUUCGGAGGGGCGUGGAGAGUUUUAGGGGGAAGUUGAUAUAA